CGGCCGGAAGCGGCGGCGGCGCUGUUGCUUGGAGAAGCGGGGGGCGUGUAACCGCCUGAGAGCGCGAGCGGGUGGACGGUCUGUGGGAACCAUUGGCUGAUAGCACCUCAGAGCUGUGUGUGAGUCCUCUGGCUGCUCCCUGACAUCUCUCUCCUCGUGUCAUCUGUGACGUACAAGCUGCAGAGCCGUGGCCGAGAUGUCUGAGGGACCUUCCAGGAUCUCGGGACCCAUCCCUCCCGACCCUACACUGUUCCCGGACUAUUACAAACGCCCACUGUCAGCUCGAGGGAGGCUGGAAGGGAAUGCCUUGAAGCUGGACUUCCUCUCGGGCCCUCUAGCCCCAGAUCCCAGCCUGUACCCCACCUGCUACAGUGCCCGCCUUGCCCAUCCUGCCCCACGUAUCCGCCCCAACGGUCAGGCCAUCCUGGAGAAGGGGCAGAAGGGGACGGUCGGGGUCUUGCUGAAGCUGGAGGGGAUCUCUCUCUACAGGGAGCCGCCCCUGAAAAGGAAAGAGGCCAAGGACCACGAGAAGGAGAAUGUGAGGCGGAUGAGGGAGAUCCAGAGGAAAUGCAAGGAGAAGGAGCUGGUGCGGGAGCACAGCCAGCCCAAACCCAUGAAGGCCUUGUGGAAGUCCCAGAAGUAUGAAAAUGUGGAGUCCAAGGUGAAGGCCAAGUUGCAGGAGAGCUCUCCCCCGCCCAACCCGGAGUCUCAGAAAUUCCUCCGGGCGUAUUCCCGCUGCGGCUCCGGGGUCCAGCCACGCCGGUCGCUGUUGCCCAGCCCUGCCAAAACGAGAGUGGUGACCGACACCGAGACUGCAGGAGCACAGCGCACUGAUGCCAAGAUCCAGGUAGAAGGCACCAGCGUUGACUUCGUAAGCCACAAUGCCCGCACCGCCAAGCGGGCCCCCAUGCGGCGCUCACGCUCGCUGCAGUCACUGGCCGAGGCGCUGGAGCAGAGGCGCCGGGAGCAGGAGGAAUACAACGCCAAGCAGAAGGGCCAUGUGCCCCAGUACUUGCUGGAGCGGAAGGAUCACUGGCGUAGGGAGAUGGAGGAACGGCAGCGGAACCUGCCCGACCCUGACAUGCCACCGGGUCACACCAUGAUGCCAGAGAGCGAGCGUCUGGAAACCCUGAACAACCUGCAGCAGAGCCAGGAGCAGCUGGUAAAGGACCUCGUGAUGCUGCCAGUGCGGGCUGACACCCUGAGCAUUCAGAAGAGGCGGGUGGAGCUGGAGAAGAAGCUGUCACAGAUCGAUGAGGCUCUCAAAAUCUUCUCCCGGCCCAAGGUCUUCAUCAAGCUGGACUCCUGAGAAGGGGGGUGUUGUGCUGUGUGUGGAUGUGCCACCCUGCUGAGGGGCUCCCGGUCACUCCGCUCUGUGGGUUGGGGGUGGGUGGGAACCAAACUCAAUCUGCUUCCACUGGCUGCUGCGGCAGCUCCUGCGUUGGGGAUUCCCAGAGCCCAGCCCACUGCUGCCCAGCCAAGCUGGCCCCAGGCAGAGGGCAGCUGGGCCCUUGUGGGUGACAACAGCAAACGAACCUGAGGGGUGCUGCCAGGGGCCAUUAUCUUCAAGACAGCACCCCAGCCUCGUACUGGUGGGGGGCGCCUGAGGGCAGACUGGCCAAUGGCACCUGUGCAGUGUUGCUUGGAAAGCAGCAGGCCUGGUGUUGCUCAGCUGCCUCUCUGCAUGGCUGGGCUUACUGGCCUCUCGCUUACAUGGUUUGUAGGGCAAAGCAGGCGCAGCCUCUGCCUGGCACCCCCUCUCUGGCCUGCCUUCCUCCCCGGCUGGAGCUGGGAGCCACAGGGGGCGUUCAGAGGGAGAUCCUUUAAGGCGGGAGAUUGGCAGCUCAACGGCUUGGGAGAGUCUGAGCAUAACCCUGCAGCAUCCAAGCUCCCCCUGAUGCAGGGGUUGCGACACAGCUAGGCCUGAGAGCCAGCUCCCUGCCAGCCCUGGCUGGGCCUCUGCAUGGCACUCCUCUGGCCUGGCCACCACUCCCCUGCAGCCCUCUGCCGAAGGCUGUGUGCCUGGGACGGGGGGCAGCCCUGAGCCAUGGCUUGUCCCACUGCUAGGGAUGCUUGGUAGGCCAAGACUAGCAAAGGGGCAGGUAACCAGGCAUGGGGAUCCUGUCCCUGCUGGCAGGGAGCUGGCGGUGGGGGGUGGGGAGCUUGGGAACCCUUCUGGGGAUGUUGGACAGCUUUUAAAUAAAGGAGUUUGUAGGUAU